AAAUUCCCUCUCAUUAAUUUUCCCAGAUUUGGGUAUUUCUGUUUUUAACUGCGAAUUCAAUUCCUAAAGAGCACUAAUUAGGAAAAACUCUCUCGUUUGCAAUAUUAGAUUUCAUUGGCUCUCAAUCGAAGAAACUUAGCUUCCAGAAUUCGCUUCUCUGAGCAGUGAUUCGAACUCUUAUGGAACAUCUCAGUGUUUCUCCAUCACAAUCUCAGAUCAAACAGGAUAUGUCUCUGAAGAAUAAUCCACCAGACAAGGAUACGGACAAAGACACUAAUAUGGAACCACCUACUAGUCCACGUCAUCGCAAGGUUACUGCUAGAUGGUUACCAGAUGAAGCGCAGAGACCAAUCGUUGAUGAAGCUCCUGUUUUCUCUCCAUCACUAGAGGAGUUUGAAGAUACACUUGCAUAUAUAGAAAAGAUACGUCCAUUAGCAGAGCCAUACGGUAUAUGUCGAAUCAUCCCACCACCCACAUGGACCCCUCCUUGCCGGCUUAAGGAGACGAGUAUAUGGGAGCAUACCAAGUUUCCCACUCGGAUCCAGAACGUGGACCUACUACAGAACCGGGAACCCAUGAAGAAGAAACCAAAGAGCAGGAAACGUAAACGGAGAAGAAACUCCAAGAUGGGUUCCUCUAGGAGACGAUCGGCUUCUUCUUCUGCUUCUGGUUCUUCUCCCUCUGAACCUGCUUCCUCUCCUGAGGCCGAGGAGAAGUUCGGCUUUAACUCUGGUUCAGACUUCACUCUCGAUGAGUUUGAGAAAUAUGCUCAGCUUUUUAAAGAGGCUUACUUUGAGAAGAAAGACUCUGUUGGUGAUGCGAAAUGGACACCGUCUGUUGAGGAAAUCGAAGGCGAAUACUGGCGGAUAGUGGAGCAACCAACAGAUGAAGUUGAGGUAUACUAUGGAGCUGACUUGGAGAACGUAGUACUAGGAAGCGGGUUUUACAAGAAAGGGGAUAGCGAUGUGGAUCAGUACGUAGUCUCUGGCUGGAACUUGAAUAACCUACCGCGUCUCCCCGGCUCUGUUCUUUCUUUUGAGGAUUGUGAUAUCUCUGGAGUUCUAGUCCCUUGGCUCUAUGUAGGAAUGUGUUUUUCAUCAUUUUGUUGGCAUGUGGAGGACCAUCACUUAUAUUCAUUAAACUAUCAUCACUUUGGGGAGCCAAAAGUAUGGUAUGGCGUUCCAGGAAGCAAUGCAACAGCACUCGAAAAGGCGAUGAGAAAACAUCUACCUGAUUUGUUUGACGAACAGCCUGAUCUACUUCAUGGCCUGGUUACUCAAUUUUCUCCUUCAAUUCUAAAAGAUGAGGGAGUCCAGGUUUAUCGUGUGGUUCAGAAAGCAGGGGAGUAUGUACUGACAUUCCCUAGGGCGUACCAUGCUGGAUUCAACUCCGGUUUCAACUGUGCAGAAGCUGUUAAUGUAGCUCCGGUUGAUUGGUUGGCUCAUGGACAGAACGCUGUGGAACUAUACAGUAAAGAGACGAGGAAGACUUCUUUGUCGCAUGACAAACUUCUCCUCGGAGCAGCUUAUGAAGCUUUAAGGGCUCUUUGGGAACUCUCAGCUUCUGUGAGAAAUGAAAACCCAACAAACUUGAGAUGGAAAAGUUUCUGUGGGAAGAACGGAACACUUACCAACGCUGUCCAGGCUCGGUUACGGAUGGAAGAAGAAAGACUUGCGAAUCUUGGUAGGGAUUCUUCGAGCUUGGUGAAGAUGGAGAAGGACUUUGAUUCAAAUUGUGAAAGGGAAUGCUUCUCAUGCUAUUAUGAUUUGCAUCUCUCAGCUUCUGGCUGCAAGUGCUCUCCUGAAGAAUAUGUUUGUCUUAAACACUCCGACGAUCUGUGUUCAUGUGAAGAGAAGGAUAGACUUGUCGUUGUACGUUACACCAUGGAGGAGUUAAGCUCGUUGGUCAAAGCAUUGGAAGGGGAGCCAGAUGAUUUAAAAAUAUGGGCUUCCAAGGUGUUAGGUAUUGAACACAGUGAUGAAGAUCAGAAUAAGACUAGUUCAGUUAUCAAGGAGGAUGAGACACUAAAGGAAGGUUCGUUUGAUCUGAACAUCGACUUAGAGUUGGAUUAUCACGAAGAGGUGAAAGAAGAAGUCAGCACCAGUGGCGAGUUAAACACUUCAGAGAAUUUUAGUGCAUCGGUGGAGCCUAUAAACCUCGGUUUCUUGAUUUUUGGAAAGCUUUGGUGCAAUAAGGAUGCUAUAUUCCCAAAAGGAUUCACGAGCCGUGUCAAGUUCUACAACGUGCUUGAUCCAACAAGAAAGAGCUAUUACAUCUCUGAGGUUUUGGAUGCAGGACUCAUGGGCCCAUUGUUCAAGGUUACUCUGGAAGAAUCUCCAGACGUGAGCUUCUUCAAUGUCUCAGCUCAACAAUGCUGGGACACGGUGUUGAAGAGAGUUAAAGAUACAUCCACAAAUCUUGAUCUUCCUACUACUUUACCGCAGCUUGAAAGUAUUAACGGGCUUCAAAUGUUUGGUCUCCUCUCGCCGUUUAUAGUUCAGGCCAUUGAAGCUCUUGACCCGAACCAUAAACUAGUAGAGUACUGGAACCACAAGAAGCAAUCUCAAUCCGAAUCAAAAGAUCACUUCAUAUCAUCAAACUGCUCCGUGGGUUUAUCCAAAGGAAAACUCUUUGGAGUAGAUUUGAUGUAAAAGAAGCUCAAAGACUAUUUACCAUCACCGAGACACAACAGUGACUACCUUUUGAGUAGAUAGAAGAAGUUUCUUUCUGAUUCUUUUCUUUGUUUGUUGGGAGCAUUUAUUCAGAAUCUUUUGUUCGUUUUUACUCAGCAUUUUUUUCAGUAAACAAAUAACCUAACCUUAGCGUUAGAAAUGUAAAAUUAGAACAAUAAAUGUUCUAUUCUUGCGCUAAUGCCAUCUGAUAAUAAUACAAAAUUCUUC